AUGGGUCCCGCUCGUGUUGCGCGUCAGCCAAGUCGACGCUAUGCGCCUCGAUACAGAGCUUGCACAGCUCAUGCACAGCUCAUGCGCGGCCAAUUCCUCAAGCUCUUUGACUUUUUCAUGCCGUCGGUCGCCAAGAAGUUUGAGCCCGAAUUCGACGCGCUCGUCCACCUCAUGAUUUACCGACUCUCGGUCUAUGCAAAGGACGCCACGUAUGGCCAAGGUCUGCUCAGUCUCAAGUAUGCAGACGCCCGAAGACUCCGCGAAGACGACGCAAGCCCGCUCCGAACGGCCAUGCCGAUUGCCGCCUCUGCGGCUACGAUGGGUGCUUCUGCAGGUUUAACCAAGUGGCAAAAGGUGCUUUACGGACUUGCAUAUAUCGGUGGCAAAUGGGCCUGGACGCGUGUCAAUGAUAUUAGCUCAUAUUGGCAAUGGAGCGAGCGUGAGGAGAACGAUCCGCUCAAGAGGCUGUGGCGGCUCAAAGAAAACCUCGACAAGUUGUACAAAUUUUUAACCGUGCUCAACACAAUAUUAUUCUUGCGCGAUGGGAGAUUCCCCUUCCUAAUCGACCGGAUUCUCCGAAUUCGCCAAGUCUAUUCCACAGGCUCCUUGUCCCGCCAAGUGAGCUACGAGUUUAUGAACCGCCAGCUCCUCUGGCACGGGUUUGCCGAGUUUUUGCUCUUUUUGCUUCCCUUGAUCAACCUUCAAAAGAUCAAAAAUGUGGCGCUGCGGAUAUUGUACUUUACGACCUCCAUGCAGCAGCAGCAGCGCGAACAACGGCUCCAAAAGCAACUCCACCAAAAGGGACAACAGCUCGAUCCGAAGGCUGCACUAGAGAUUCAGCGACAACAACGCCUGCGCGACUUUGAAGGCCCUUGCGGAAUCUGCGGUGAGUCGCCCAUCGGCACGCCCAGCGUCGUUCCCUGCGGACACGUGUAUUGCUACGUGUGCAUUGCAUCCAACUGCCUCGCGGAUAGUGGGUAUCGCUGUUUGCGCUGCAAUGCCCCUGUCGACAACAAGUUUGAACGGUUUGUCCCGCCCUCGCCUCCCGCAUCGCCGUCCUCAUCCCUUGCAAGGCACGUAGCCUGA